AUGAAGGUAUUUCUGACGAGCAGGACAUCGCAAUUGAACGUCUAUGUGGGAGGCGAUGCUAGAACAGUAGCAGCUAAAUCUGUACAAAACAGAAAGAUUACUCUACCGUUUUCUCAUCCUUAUCUGACCAACAGCUCUGGAAGAAGUAUUUACAUUAAGGGAAAAUGUGGUAGCGCCCUCACUAUUGAUAUUCGAUUUGAUGAACGUGCUGCGGUGUUUAGCUUCAAAACAUGUGGACUAGGGAAAGUUGAAGAGACAGCGGAUAGUUUUCCGUUUGUGCUUGGCGAAAUAUUUCUUUUCACCGUAUUGACAACCGAACAGUUCUAUGACAUCAAAGUGAAUGAUGAACAUCUAUAUUCUUUCAAUCAUCGUCUGUCUAUAGACUCUGUCAGGCGACUUGGAAUCAAUCAGGAGCAAAUUGCAGAAAUUUCUAUCGUCGAUCUGUUGCAAUUUUAUGUAGAUGUAAGUUAA